AUGUCUUGGAAUUGGCAGAAGACUGGAGCUCCCUUCGACGAAGCAGCAAACAACUUCAUCGAGCGCUGCAAACUUGACGAUGCUUCGAUCACACUCCUGUCUGGCAUUCCGGAGAAUGUGAAGGACGAGGUGAUAUCUAAUUUGUCGUUGGACUGGGAAAGAGGCUUAUCAUACAAGCGUUUCUUCAGAAUAGUGCUGGAUGCGUGGGUCUCGCAGCUUGCACUCCAACGGCAUCGGGACGUGAUGAAGUUGAUACUGCGCACACCAGAGGAGGUUAUGCGCAUUGUCAUGAUGAAGUUUGAUCCGACCCGCACUAAAGACAAGAAUUUGGCCGCAAGGCUCACAGCCUUUCUGAACUCUGUUCUGCGUACAGGGCAGCACGAGCAGGGUGCAUCAUAUCGCGCGAUGGUGGCAAAUUGCUCCAUUGCAGAGAAGGACGUCGGCAGAAUAUUGGGUGAAUGUGGUGCCACGAUGAAGAGGAUAGUGGAUUGCAUUUGCGAAUGUCUCGGUCACGAGGCGCACAAGCAUGGACACCGCCCCUUGGUGCAAAUGGCAUACAGUGGCGGGUGUGGACGAUUCGAACUCGUGCUGUAUCCACCUUUCAACAACGAGUCGUCCUUCGAGGACGCUUCUGUUGCAGUGCGUGAGAUGGUGCAGCACAUCAUGGAUAAUCCAUCUGAUUUUGUCCAAUCGGCCAAUUGCAAGAUGCCGCCGCGUCUGCAACUCGAUGAUUGGAUGUGCCCGAACAAGAAGUGCAGGAACGUUUGCUUUGCGAGGCGUUCAAGCUGCUUCCAGUGUGGAGAGCCCAAGCCAGCAGAAUGGACUCCGGCUCAUCUUGCCCGACAUGGAAAGCAGAAGAGGAUUCGAGUGGUACCCAUGAGGGAACUUGUGAAGGAGAUGGAGUUGGAAAGCGGUUGCUGCAGAGUACUUUGGCUUAUUCCUCCGGAGCAACGCUCAGUCUUGAUUGGGCCACAGGGCCGCCAAGUCCAGCAGAUAAAGGCGGAAGCGGGCUUGCAAACUUUGCUUCUUACAAGAGAAGCAGAGACGGAAGUGUACUUCGGAGAAGCCUAUGCACAAGUGCACCUAGCAGGCAAACCUGACAGUACAAGACGUGCCCUGUCGGCGAUUGACUCUCUCGUAGGCGGCCGCCUUGCAGAAGAUGGGUUUGAGGAGCUGCUGCGGGCGUCUGAAGCAGCUUUGCGUGUUUCUCCGCAAGGACUGACAUUCCAGUGUUUGACGGAGCUGCCUGAGAUAAAGGAAGCAAUGGGUCGAACACGGAUGCUGAGGCAAGCUGUCGGACUGCGCACGCUGUUGGAGGUUUUGUGCCAAUGGCCAGAGUGUUUUGCCAUUCAGAGGCAGGCGCAGAGGCGCUUGGCGAUGCCUCCGCACACAGGCAUCAAGCGACUGGGGCUCAGCGGCAAUCCGGUGGGCGAUAGUGGUGCGAAAGCCAUAGCGGCUGCUGCAGCUGCCAGCACCCAGGAUCCACGCUGCUUAGGCUUCGAAGCUUCCUGGGGCUUGGAGCAGCUAGAGCUGGCUUGCACCCAGGUUGGCUCGGAGGGAUGUGAUGCCCUGGCUGGUGCCGUCGCUGCUCGAGCAGCACUGGCCGACAAAGCAAGCCGCCGCCUUGCAGAGAUCCCGUCAGCAGAACUACUGGAAAGAUGCAGCAGGCUGCACCCAGCAGGGCUGACGGUCCUUGGGAUGGACUGGAUGGACGUGAGCAAUGCCGAAGUCGCAGAGAUGCUGCGCACCGCCUGUUGCCGUAUGGCAGCCCAUUGGCCCACGAGCCAGGCUGUCGUGUCAUCGUGGCUAACCCUCCAAGACGACAUCGGUUUCCUGCAGGACUCAAACUUGGAAGCAGACGAGCUGGCACACAAGGAGGUGGGCCUUGGACACAUCAAGCUGGAUGAGUUUUAUUUCAGCCGAGUCUUUGAAGGAAGCGAUCCAAUGUCAGAAAAGCCGAGCUUGCACGUGCCGAGGCAGAGAUCUUCAGUCACUCGGCUGCUAUCGACAUUAUUAAUUUGCACAUUGGCAGCUUCCGGCACAAGCUUGCUUGGGUUUUGA